GAACGCGAAUGUACAUCGGCGUAUACAUAGACUAGUGCAAUCCAACUUUGGUCGCCACGCGAGCAAGGGCAGGGUCGUAAGCUGAGCGACGCCAGUACCGUUCGCGACGUCGACGGGAUUUCUCGCCUCUGCGUACACAGCUCGACAGUGAUGCUCGGCUUUCGGUGAGUCACCGAUCGGCCGGUGGAAUCCUUCCUUCGUCGAGGGAGGCGACCGCGCGACGGGACGCCGGGCGUCGCGUGACCGCGAGACGCAUGAGGAAAUCUCGGAUUACUUUCAAGUGUGAGGUAUUGUCUCGCAGGUGCCGGCGCCACGCGACGUGUCAGUAACCCCCGAAUAACGGUGGGCAGCGAAGGGUGGGCGCAGGAGGAACGCACACAUAUGUCUAAAGGGAGAGAGGGGAGGAAAAUAACUUCGAAUGAAAGUGGUCGAAUUUUCACAGUCGAUUAAGGAUGCAAGAUGUACUUUUAACGGUUCAAAAGAAAUUUUAGUCGUGACUAGACAGAGCUAUUUUUCAUUACCAAAAGGAUAACAAAAGGAUAUAUCUGUUGUGUGGAGAGAGUAUAACUCAACGUUUUACAUUCGCGGAUUUUCGGGCAGUGAAGGAUAUAAAACGAGUGAGAAGGAAGAAAAGAGGGAGUGGAAAAAAGAGAGAAAAUAGAAAAGUGAAAAAGGGGCAAGAAAAUUUAUUUGUAUUUUUUAAACUUCUACAAAAGUGGAGCGUGAAACUACGAUAGUGCUACGAAACUACUAAUCCACUGAGAAAAGUGAUAACUCAAUUGUUUUUAUAUUUGGUGACGUGAUGUUGACAAGAGAAUAGCAAUAAUAAGGGUGCCUCUCGACGACGUCUGAUUUUAAUUUGAUACAAAAGAGUUGAGAGAAGAACGGAUAGGGAGAGACAUGGGGUGUAAUACUAGCAAGGAGAGCGUCCAGCCGGCGGUGGAAGAGGCGAAAGAGGGCGAUUCCGUCAAGAAUGGGGAUAUCUCUAAGGCGGCCGAAAACAGCGCAACGACAGCGGAGGGAAAAGAAAACGACGAGGAUAAAGAGAAAGAGGAAGCAGCAGCCACGAAAAUACAAGCAGCUUUCCGUGGGCAUCACGCUAGGAAAAGUCUGAGAGUGUCGGACUCAGCGUCGAAGCAGACGAGAACCGACGGAGAACCCUCCGAACCUACGGAACCAUCACAGGAACAGUUGGAGGAGGAAUUCUCUCCCGACGACAAGGAGCUCUGUAACGCGGCGAAGAAGAUACAAGCGACUUUCCGGGGCCACAUGUCGAGAAAGGAGCAAGCUGCCGCCAAGUCGGCAAUGAACAUAGUUGAGAGUGCGACUGCCAAGAUGGAAGAAAAGAUGCAAGACGCCGUUAACGAAUUAGAGGGGAUCGACUUGGCCGAUCCGGACUUGCAUAAGGCAGCGACUAAGAUUCAAGCGAGUUUCCGCGGUCACAAGGUCCGUCAGGAGGUCAACAUUCAUACUACUGCCGACGACUCUAAAAAAUAAGACGCUUACUCAAACGCAGGGAUGCAGGGAGAUAGAAUAUUACUUAUUACAGUCAGUGCCAUUCUUAACAGGUUUCGAACGCCAUCCCCUAUUUCUUGUACCUUAUAAUGUAGCAUCUAUAAAUUAGUAAAUUAUGCGCGUAAUUAUACGAGGCAUUCCAGACGAGCCGAACGAGUUUGACUAUUAGUUCACUUCGGGCAGCUAGUUGUAAACAACAAUACCGUUUAUUUUACGUUAACAAUUAAUCCAGCCUUCGCCCGGGACCAGUGAGACUUAAGCGCUUUCUACUUUGGCUAAAAAUGUGGAUCUUUUGAAAGUGGUAUUUACAGGCCGAGGCAUACACAUGGGAACAUUUAAAUAUUUCUAUUAUUUAUGGAUAUACAAAAAAAAAAAGAAAUUCUGGAACAAAGUUGCACUGUGUAAAGAAGGACUACAAUGAAAAAUAAAAAGAGAUUGUUCCCUGAGCCGAUUCCUGUAAUCGAUUUUGAGUACAUUUCACAUGAUUCGCUACGUAACCACAUUCUUGAACUAUCCUUAUACUAUCGACAUGUACUUACAUUUUUUAUGAGUUACGACUGCCAUACUUUUGAACGGAGAGAUAUGCAGGCAGAUAUUUCAAAGAACUUUUCAAUAUGGUAAUUUAAUACUUCUACUAUGUAAAACAUUGAAAAAAAAGAUGAACCGGAGGAGAAAAGAGAGAGCAGAUAGUUCCCUAUAUAAUUACCUGACAUAAUACUCAACAUAAAUCUGCAACAACAGAUUGACAAACAUGCAAAAUCAUUGUAUCUGGUAGGUAUGUUAAGUGGAACAUGACGAACGCGAUAGAGUAUAACUUUAACGUCCUGCGCAUGAUAAACGGAGCACAUUUAAGACGUACCAAUAUCAUCAAUAUAUGCAUGUUAACUUUUAUAAGUUCCUGUAUCUAUGUAAAAUAAACGGUAUGGUUGUAGCAUUUCCAAUUCUAAAAUUAACGAUGAAAGUCUGUUUUUCAAAUAUUUUUUACCAUGACACACACACACAAAAUGUUUAAAGCACGGUUUUAGUUUGUAUCCUUAAUUUAUUGUUAAAACGGAAUGUGAUAACUAAAAGUAUAUUUCUUAAUUGCACUUUUUACAUUUUCCUACAACUUUUUCUUUGAUUUUUUUUCUUUUUUCCCUCCUUCUAUAAAAAGUUAAAUGUACAUCUGUUUCAUAUUAAAUGUGGAAAGUGUAAAAAUGUGUACAAUUGCUUCUCCUUUGAGAGUUUGGAAAAAAAGUAUAUUGAACUAAAAUUAAACUGGUGGUUUUAGUCCCGAUCGUACUAUUCAACUUAUAUUUAGAGGGACUAUAAAUUUAGAAACACCUUUCCAAUAAUAUACUAAUUAUACAUAUACAUAUACAUAUAAAAAGAGAAUUAAAAAAGGGAAUAUUCCAAACUUUCAAAUAAUCUUACAAACUUUGGACACAAAAGAUAUUGUAUUUUAUUAUUAUUGUAUUUUACGUUAUUAAUGCAGUAGAACUUCUAUUUAACGCAGAAUAUUAUAGAUUGGAGCUUCAAAAUUUGUGAAUGUAUUAUAAACAAAUUAAUAACAGAUUAUCUCUGUAGAAUUUCUUAUUAAAAUGUUUCCGAUAUUAUUUAUCUCACGUAAACGAUCCUUUCAAAUACCUUUCACAUGUUACUCUGCAGAAAACAUCUGAAAUAAUGUAAUUAAAAUGCAUGUAUGAUUCAGCGGCCUAUCGUCAAUAAUGAAGCAAUUACAAUUAUUAAUCGAGGUUCUACUGCAUCGAUUAAAAGCGUGCGUAAUAUACAGAACUUAUAGUUGCUUAAAAAAGGCUAAAGACUCUCGUCAAAAUAACGAGUCCGAUCCUUUUAGUGAUACUUUUGAGCUUACUUGCUCAAUAAACCUUGUUAUAUACCAAAGUUAAUGCUGCUAUAAUUUUAACCUUUUUUUCCUCUUUAAUGUAUAGCGAAUCUUUCUUGAAUAUCGACAGCUACCUCCAACUUUGUUGCGAUCUAGUCCAUUUUUUCAUAUAAAUUAAUCGUAUCGGUGUACCCUUGAAAUGGGAAUUUAUUUUAUCAGGCCUAAAGAGACUCACUUGUGUGCGUGUGCUAUCAAUCACUUCUGGUAUGUGAUUGUAGCACACAUACGAGAUCGAUCAGUAAGCGAUUCACAAGGUGCAUAAUACAAAGCAGCGAAGCGGCAAUUAAAUGAUUGUUUAUUAUUCAAUGCUAGCUUUAUUCGUCCACAAAGCAGGGUACUGCGAAUUUAUUAUUUUCACGUUCGUCCACGUGUUUUUCUACAAGGCGAAUUUAUUAUUUCUAUCUUCUAUAUUUGUAAUUUAUACCGAUAUUUGUACCAAUUUUGCUGAAGAUGCUGACGAAUUACGUAUUAAAUAGUAUUACGCGACAUUCCUGUAUUACAUGUUUAACGCUGACUAUGAGCAAUAAUUACACGUAUUUAUUGUAACAAAAUUUCGCAAUUUAGUCGUCAUACGAGUGAAACGUUAUACAAGUAAACGUAUCGCGGUAACAUUGAAAUUUCCUCAAAUAUAAUAUGUAUUAUACUAUUCUACGGGAUAUUCCUGCGCGAUUGAUAUUGACUGCAAUGGUACGUGCAGCUAUUGUUCAGUAGCAAGCAGAUAUAAAAACAGAUAUAGUCGAACAGCAUGUCUGAAUUCCUGAUAUCCAACAAUAUUUUAUUUUAAUUCCCCGAUUCCUACAUCCUAUAUCCGAUAUCAAUAACUUUUAGCUUCUAAGAUCAAAUUUCGAAUUCGCAAUAGCGAGUUACCAAUUUUCCACUAAAUUCCUGUGGAUACUUCCGAUUUCCAUUCUCGCAGUUAUAUCCACGAUUUUUAUUUAUCAAUUUCGAAUUUAUAAACAAAUAUUGUCUUGGAUCACAUGAUUAAGAAUACGGUUACUCAUAGGUUAUCUGCGAUUGUCGCUUGUAGAAAAUUAAAGCGAAGCUUCGGUAUCGUCGAAAAUGAUCUAUCGUCGAGUAACGUCGUCUAGUUUAUGUCGGAAUGAACAUUGUGAAUGAAGAAUAUUUAUUGUAUCGAAUUAAUGUAUAGAAAGAGGACGUUACGACGAAUUAGACGUUCUUGUCGAUACGUUACUUUACCACGUAUGAAAAUAGUUUAGCGGUGCACAAAAAAAGAACAAGUUGUGGUAAAAUAUAUUGUAAGAAUAUAAUAAAAUGAUCGCACCGUGCUAAAACGGGCGGUACAUUACAUGUAAUCCGUUUGUUUAAAAUACAUACCUACUAAAUUUA